CAGACCACAGAGGGAGAGUCUGACACCAACAGCAGACAUGAGCUUCACCGUUGAGGAGAGGGGCAGGCCCAACACCCAGGAGUACAGGGUGUUUUUCAAGGACUCUGCAGGCAAAUACAUCUCUCCGUUCCACGACAUCCCCAUCUACGCCGAUGAAGCAGAGAAUAUUUUUCAUGCCGUCGUGGAGGUUCCAAGAUGGACAAAUGCAAAAAUGGAGAUUGCCACCAAAGAUCCCCUCAACCCACUGAAACAGGACAUAAAGAAGGGGAAUCUUCGUUAUGUCGCGAAUGUGUUUCCUCACAAAGGCUACAUCUGGAAUUAUGGAGCUAUUCCACAGACAUGGGAAGACCCCAACCACAAGGACGGCGACACAGGAUGCUGCGGAGACAAUGAUCCCAUUGACAUAUGUGACAUAGGAAAUAAGGUGUGCUCCCGAGGAGAAAUAAUCAGAGUGAAGGUGUUGGGAACUCUGGCUUUGAUUGACGAGGGAGAAACCGACUGGAAAGUCAUUGUGAUCAAUACCGAAGACCCAGAAGCCGCCGACUUUAACAAUAUUGAUGAUGUAAGACGACUUAAGCCGGGAUACCUGGAGGCAACUGUUGAUUGGUUCAAAAGAUACAAAGUCCCAGACGGGAAACCUGAAAACCAGUUCGCUUUCAACGGAGAGUUCAAGGACAGGGACUUUGCCAUCAAAACAGUCAAGAGCACCCAUGAGUUUUGGAAAGCACUGAUUUCUAAGGAUACUGAUGCCGGCGAGUUAAACUGCAUGAACACCAGUGUCUCAGACAGUCCGUUCUGCUGCUCUGCUGGGGAUGCAGAGGCUGUGGUUCAGUCUGCAUGUGCUUUUGGAGCUGAAGAUCCCAUUGCAAGUGCAGUGGACAAAUGGUUCUACUAUGAGAAGUAAGAAGAAAAUCCUGGGCAAAAACCUUCACUUCUUUCUUCCUUCGUCUGGUUUCAAUACAUAAGACAAAUGCAUGAACUGGAUGGGUUGGAUUUCUACUUUAGGCCACAUGUGCAUCUUUGCAUCUUGCAUCUUUGUUCCC